AUGGCAUCCGAGAAGCGUUUAAGACGGCUAUCCCAGACACGAGUCCGACCUCCAACAGGCACCAAACGGUCCUCGAGCUUGCGAAGGGUAUACAACCGCUUCUUUCACCCAGAAGAACCACCAUCAGAAUCCGACCGAGGGUCUCCAGUUGUACCUGACUCAGCUCAACCUCCGCCGUCGGAUAUUGAAGUCCUGCAGAGUGAACUGCAACAAUGUCGCCAAAAUCUCGAGGAGGCCAGGGAGAUGGUCAUGUCUCAGGACCACGAGCUGUCAACGCUGGAGAAAACUACGCAGAAAAUGGAGAGACGUUACAAGGAGAAAGAGGCUGCUUUACGGCGGCUGAAGGCUUCAUUGGAGGAGACAAUGGUGGCUGUGGUCGUGCAGCAGAUCAGAGAUGCUCAAAAAGCUGAACGGGAUCUGGUCAAGGAAGAGUGCAACCGUGAGCACCAAAUGGCCUUGGACAGCGUACACCACAAAUACAGGUCAAGAGUCGCCAUCCUGUCGCAAGAGCUCUUGGACUCCCGCGCAGCAAAUGAGCGGAUGAAGGCAGCCCACGAAAAUGAGGUUACAGCACUUCGCGUUGAACUUGCCUCGCUGACCACCGACCUCGAAGCCGCAAAGACGGCCAUUAUUGAGACGACCGAGUCUCUCAAAAAUGUCCAACUAGCCUCAACCACAGCGCUAGAAGAGACAGAGAAGGCAAAUACAACCCUCAGAGCCGAGCUUGAAUCCCAGAUUGCUUCACUCACAGAGGAGUUGGACGCUGCCCAUUCAGGGUUACAAAAUGCCGAGCUGAAUAUUGAAGAUCACACCAAACGGUACGAGGACCUUCAGAACACCUCUUCACAAGCAAUCGAGGAUGCAAAUGCAUCUCUAGCUUCGGCUCGUGCCUCUUUGGAGGCCCAACUUGAAGCACACGCCGCAGAGCUCUCGACCACAAAAGACGCUCUCGAAACCACGUCCCGGGACAGGGAAGCGGAACAAUCAGCACAUCAGAUGGCCUUAGACGAGCUCACCGGGGCUCGAAACCAAAUUGCUGACCUCACGAACGACAUUCAAGAUCAUCGGACAUCGAAGGCCGCCCUUGAAGAAAAGGUUGCCCAGCUCCUGAUCGACCUUGAAGCAUUCGAAUCUUGCAAACAAGACCUCGAAGGGUCUCGGGCCCAGGUUGUGGAUUUGACAGCAGAGAUAUCUACGUUGCAGGUAGCACGCGAAAGUGCGGGUGCACAGCUAGCUCAGCUCUCCGCCGAACUAGAAGAAUACGCCCAGCUGAAAGCGGAGCAUGAGGCUCAGACACAAGAGCUCGAAAGCACCAACGCUAAGGUUGCAGAUCUGACAACGGAGCUUGAGGCCUUCGCCGCUUGCAAGAAAGUUUUGGAAGAAGCCGAGUCGAAGAUUGGCCAACUUUCUGCUGAGCUCGGAGAUCAUGAACAGCUCAAAGCGGAUCAUGAAUCUUCGAAGCAAAAUCUUGAGGACGUUCAAGCUAAGGUUGCAGAACUUUCAGCGGAGCUGGAAGUCCUCCAGAGUUGCAAAACAGAUCUCGAAGAAGCCGAGUCGAAGAUUGAAAAUUUGACCGCUGGACUUGAGGACCAUGAACAGCUAAAAGCGGACCACGAGUCUUCCAAGCAAGAGUUGGAGAGCACGCAAGCCAAGCUCGCGGAGCUGCAACGUGAGAUUGAAGGAACCAGAGAUACCUUGAGUGCGGCCGAGUCACAGAUCGCUCAACUUACGGCAGAGCUCGAAGGUUACGCCCAGCUCAAAGAGGAUCAUGAGAAUGAAAAAGAACGCUCUGCCAGUCUUCUCACGGAAAUUGACCGCCAUGUUGCUGCUGUGACGGAGGCCGAAGGAAGACACAAAGAAACGGAGGCGCGUGCCCUCGAGGCCGAAGAGAAACACGCCUCCGCGCUCAAGGACCUGGAACAGCACAGGACCGUUGUGACGGAGGCAGAAGAAAAGCAGAAAGAAGCUGAAGCGCGAAUCACAGAGGCUGAAGAAAAACAUGCAGCCAUUGUCGCGGAGCUCGAACAGCAUAAAACUGUCGUGACCGAGGCAGAAGCACGUGCUGCCCAAGCAGAAGAAAAGCACACCUCGGCACUCGAGGAGCUUGAACAACAUAAGGCUGCCGCAGCUGAGUCUGAAUCGCGUGCUAUCGAUGCGGAACAGAAACAUAACUCUGUACUGCAGGAAUUGGAAGGUCUCAAGACGGCCGCAGCCGAGGCAGAAGAGAAAUUGAAAGACGCCGAGGGUCGCGUUCGUGAAGCAGAAGAGAAGCAUGCCUCCGCACUCCAGGAGAUUGAACAACAUAAGGCUGCCGCGACCGACGCAGGAGCACGCGCUGCGGAGGCUGAAGAGAAGCACGCAAGCAUGCUGCAAGACUUGGAGCAUCAUAAGAAUGCUGCGACAGAGGCCGAAGAGAGGCAGAAGGAAGCAGAAGCGCGUGCUGCCGAGGUGGAAGAGAUGCAUAAAUCUGUCCUUGCCGAGAUGGAGACGUUGAAAGAAAGCCUUGCAUCAGAAAUUUCGACACAUGCAACAACGAGAGAAGAGAACGAGCAACUCACCAAGGAGCUCGAUACUGCUGAUGCUGCUAAGAAAGCGCUCGAGGAAAAACUCGAGAGUCUAGAAGCGGAGAAGUCCAAGCUUUCUACCGAGCUCGAAGAGGCACAAGCCAGCCAACAGUCUGCCGAAGAGAAAUGCACCGCCAUUGAAACCGAGAUGAAGUCGCUCCAAGAGUCCAACGAAGAACUGGCAAACAAAUGCGACGAACUCAAAGAAGUGGAGGCCAGCCGACAAGCUGCAGAAGAGAAAGUUACGGCCUUGGAAGAGCAGUUGAAGACACUUCAGGACUCUCACGAUGAGUUGGCAACGAAAUGCCAGAACCUUGAAGAAACAGAGGCCGCUCAGCACGCCGCAGAGGAAAAGGUCGCUACCUUGGAAGAGCAGCUGAAGUCGCUUCAAGAGAGCAACGAAGAGCUAGUUGAGAAAGUCAAAAAGCUUGAUGAACUCGAGGUCGAACAUAACACUGUCCAAGAGAAAGCCGCUGCUCUUGAAGCGCAGAUGCAAUCAAUCCAAGAGACCAACAUCGAGCUGGCGAAGAAGCUCGAGAACGCCGAAAGUGCCAAAGCGGCUGCCGAGGAUGAGGUGGGAAAACUACAAGAGGAGCAUUCGUCAAACGUAGACGGACUUCAACAGGAACUUGCCUCCACCAAGCAAGCCUCUGAAAAGGCAAAGGAAGAGGCGGCAGCGUCUGUGGCGGAACUCGAAACAAAAUUGGCCGCGUCCGAGACUUCCAAACAAGAAGCUCAGGAAUCGCUAGAAAAGGUUCGUGCAGAUGCAGACCAAUCCAAGAUCGAAAUGGACGAGAAGCUCGCUGAGGCAGAGGUUGCCCUUAAAGCUACUCAAGAAGCGCUCUCAAAAGCCCAGGCUGACGCUGAUGCCUUAACCAGUGAUUUUGAGCAGAAAAUGGCCGAUGCGCAGGUGAGCCAAAGCGCUGCUGGAGAGGAGUCGGCCAAGGAAAGACAAGAGCUUGAAGUCAAGCUUGCCGCAGCUGUAGGCGAACAGCAACGCGCCAAAGAUGCGCUUGAAGAAAUCAAGAAGGAAAUCGAGGCCGCCGAAGAAGCUAAAGCAUCUCUCGAGUCAAAGUUAGGAGAUACGGAAAGCGCCGUAGCUGCAGCUGAGAACCGGGUCACAGAAACCGAAGCGGCCAAAGCCGAGUUGGAGGGUAAAUUGAAACAGGCCGAGGACGACAAGGCCCGCACUGAGCAGGAGCUUCAAGCAGUGAAAGAUAAAUUGACGGAAAUCCAGGCAGAACUUGGUUCAACCAGGCAGGAGAAGCUCAACAUUGCUGAGCAGUCGUCGAAAGAGCUUGAAUCGAAAGAGGCUGAAUUAGGCGCUGUUCUGACCUCCAACUCAGAACUCGAAGCCCGGGUCCAGGAGACAGAGGCCAACCUGGAAGCUGCCAAGAAGGCUGAGGAUGACUCGAAUGCUCGCUUGAAAGAGCUCGAAACCGAGCUCGAAUCCCUCAAAGCUCAAGUGAUUGAUCUUCGGAAGCGGUCGGAAGAUUUGGAUGCCAAAGAGAAGGCUAUACAAGCAUUGACCACCAGCAAGGAGGAAGUCGAGGAGCGGCUAAAGGACACGGAGUCUACGCUUACGUCUUUGCAAGAAGAGAUUGAAACGCUGAAAACAUCGUCGGAGACGUUGAAGGAAGAAGCCGCCAAGCAUCUCGAGGCGCAGGAGGAAGAAUUCAAGCAACGGUCGCGACAAACUGCUCAGGAGCUCGAAACACUUCAAGCUGAAUUAAAGUCCAAGGAAGACGCGAUUUCAAGUCUCAGGGCUCAGAAGGAGAAGAUGGAGGAAGAGAUGGGAGCAUUCUCGUCUCCUCCAACAUCGCCUGACCCUGAAGCCAUUGAAGACAAGACGUCAACCGUCGCCACCGUGAAUGGUGGACGGGGGAAGAAGAAUCGGAGGAGGAAAUCCAAGGCCAAGGCCAAGGCUGAUGAUGACAGCGACGCUGCGAAGGGAGAUGCGGAUGACGAGUGA